AUGAAGACAUCCGAGGCCAUAAGGUGGAAGAAGCGAGGCGAAUCCGAAUGGGUACGGCGCUGCACAGGCUUGGAGAGGUUUCUCUGGCUUUCUGAACAACGCUUCCACGAGGCUAACAUCCUGCUCAAUGUCCUUGUGAGACACAAGACUGAGGAAGCUCCGCGUGUCAAUGAUCGGCUCAGAGCGGCAUGGCUAGCACUGUACAUGCAAGUGCCGAGUCUGAGCACAACGCUCAACAAGAAUGAUGACAAUGUAAUUGAGGCCAAGUACCGACAGCUAGUUCGACCGGACGAGAUCGAACACUGGCUCUCUGGCACCUUCCGGACCCAUCCCGCCCUGCAGUGCACCACCGAAGAUGAUGCGUGGGCUCAGCUGGACUUGCUCAGGGAAGAAAUUGCCAAUGAAGGCAUCAGCCGAGCCGAAGACAAGGGCCACGUCGGCUUCAUCGAUGUCGUUCCGUGCGCAAAGGACCUUACCGGCCUUAUCUUCCGUCUUGAUCAUGGCGCCUUUGAUGGAACGGGCUCCUUCAUGCUCGUCGAUGCCCUCCUCAAGCACUACAUAAAGCAGACGCGCGUGAACCUGAAGGCGAGCAAUGGUGUAAUCGGGAAACCGUUGCCCGCGCCAUCGCUUCUCUCUUAUGUCAAUGAGAGCAUAUUGGAUGCUGACAACUCCAAGACGCUGCAAAGCCUAUUCGAAUCAAGGCCAGCCCAGGAACAGCUGAACCAUCUUCUCUCGCCCAUUGAGCUUCUGAAACAUGCGACCAAGGUGACUUCGAAGCGCUUGACAUUCAGCCAGGAAGAGACGUCAAAGCUGCUGCAGCGGGCAAGAGAACAUCAAGUCUCCAUAUCGCAGAUCAUCGUUGCCACACACCUCGUGCCUGUGUUGAAACGAUACCCCAUUCAAGAAGACGCAGCGGAGAAAGGCAAGACACGAAUUCAGUUUACCUCGCCCAUCAAUGUUCGGCCAUUACUCUCUGCCGGCGGCAAAAACGAGGCGGCGAAGAGCAGCUUCGGCAGCGAAGUCGUCCUCCUAGACUAUCAUGUAGCCAUCUCGGACAUCACCAAGAGCCUGUGUGGCGGCCACAGGGUACAAAGGAAAGAAGACAUCGAGUGCCUCCUUCGCCUGGCUCACCAGGUAGAUCAACAAAAUAAGGAUCUACCCCGAACAUUCGAGAGCGCUAUGAGCGUCUUUAACAGCCUCGGCGAAAACAUUCCUGAGCCAAAAAUAGGUGAACCGGCUACGGACAUGUUGAAUCCAUUCAUUGUUUCCGAUGGCCUUCUGGAACGCUUCGUCUCCCGGCAAUACAGCGACGCUCUUGAGGUGUUGGGUGCGCAUACAAUUGUCAAUUUGCAGCAGGCCUUCAUCGGCCUGAGGAGCAUUACGUUCCGCGAUCGUCUCACCCUCACCGCAAAUUACAAUGAGGAAGUCUGGAAAGGUGUCGACCUGAGUACAUUUCUGGACGACUGGGCGGACGCGCUUCGAGCUGUUCUGCUCACAUGA